CGAACCCUCGUUCUAAACAUUCUGGUCCGCUCAACAACGGCGCAAACCCUACAGCCAAGACAGUUCGACACUCGCUAGCUUCGUCUCAGUAGUUUAAGAACCGCUCACAAUGAAGACCGUCAUCGCUUUCUUCUUCGCGGCCACUGCUGCCGUCGCUCAGAACCUUGAGGGCCAGCCCAAAUGCGCCACCGACUGCAUCGUCUCGGCCGUCAGCGCCGUAGGUUGUGCGGCAAAUGACAUGGGAUGCCAGUGUGGCCCGUCCCAGGCUGCCAUCGGCAUUGACGCCGCCCCUUGCCUUCUUGCCAGCUGCACGGGUCCCCAGCUGGUGCAAGCCCAAAGUGCCGGGGCUGCGCAGUGCGCUGCCUACUCGGCCUCGUUGACAGCGAAGAUGGACGUCGUUGUCGUUGCCACGGGUGAGGCGCAGGCCGGGGCCUUUGUGAAGAGAGAUGACCUUGCGACUUCAACGCUGUCGGUCAACGCUUUGGCGGCCGCGCCGACCCCGGUUGACCCCAAGUCGACGGCCGGCGAUCCCAAGACGGCAGGCGAUCCCAAGACGACCGCGGUGAGCACCGCUGGCGCGGGCGGAGCGGUAAAGCCAGGUAUGGUGGGUGCCGGCGCACUGCUGGGUGUUGUCGGAAUGGGGGUUGCUCUGUGAGUGGUUUGAUGAGAGGCUGAUAUGGUGUUUACCGUCUGCGACGAGGCUAGUUUAAGGAUGUGAUGGUGGGUUUGUUGAGGGAAAAGUUUUGGUCCAUGUUUCUUUAUUUCGAUUCGGCUUGU